GUCUCACAUCUCCAUGGCGCCGAGCAAGAUCAGAAGAGCUCUUGGAGCAGUGAAGGACCAGACCAGCAUAGGCCUAGCAAAAGUUGGCAGCAGCAACUCCCUAGCCGAUCUCGAUGUGGCCAUCGUGAAGGCUACCAGGCAUGAAGAGUACCCUGCGGAGGAGAGGCAUAUCCGGGAGAUCCUCAGCUUGACCUGCUACUCCCGCGCCUUCGUCAGUGCCUGCGUAAAUACCCUCGCCAGGCGCCUCAACAAGACCAAGAACUGGACAGUCGCCCUGAAGACCCUCAUGUUGAUUCAUCGUCUGCUCGCCGAUGGAGACCCCUCGUAUGAGCAGGAGAUCUUCUUCUCCACAAGGCGCGGCACUCGCAUCCUCAACAUGUCUGAUUUUCGCGACCACAGCUCGCAGUCUAACUCAUGGGACUACUCUGCCUUCGUGCGCACCUAUGCGCUCUACCUCGACGAGCGGCUUGAGUUCCGUAUGCAAGGGAAGAGGGGGAAGCGCAGCGCAUUUGAAUACGAAGAAGAUGAGGAGGAGGGCGGUGCAGCUGCCCAGGCAAGGAACACUCCCGUCUGUGACAUGAAAACGGUUGACAUAUUUUCCAGGAUUAACCACUUGCAGCAGCUGCUGGAGCGAUUCCUAGCUUGCAGGCCAACAGGUGAGGCAAAGAGCAAUCGUGUUGUGCUUGUUGCUCUCUACCCAAUCGUAAAAGAAAGUUUUCAGAUAUACUACGACAUAACAGAAAUAAUGGGUAUACUGAUUGAACGGUUCAUGGAGCUUGAAGUCCAGGACUGUGUUAAGGUCCAUGAGAUCUUCUACCGGGUCUUAAAGCAAUUCGAUGAGCUCGACUCUUUCUACACCUGGUGCAGGAGUACUGGAAUAGCACGCUCGUCGGAGUAUCCAGAAGUAGAGAAAAUUGCACUGAAGAAGCUUGAUCUCAUGGAUGAGUUUAUCCGUGACAAGGCGGCCCUUGCGCAAAGCAGGAAGAAUAGGAUUGUUGGACCGGAGGAACCCGUGGUGGAAGCCAAAGAGCCAGAACCCGUUGAAGAAAACAUUAAUGCAAUAAAAGCACUACCAGCGCCCGAGGGCUGGGAAGUCCCGGUGGAGGAAGAAAAGGAGGAGCCCAAGGAAGAGGAGAAGAAGGAGAAGAAGGAGAUUAAUGUCCAAGAAGAAGGCGACCUUUUGAACCUGGGAGACGAUGCAGUGACGACUCAAGAACACGGAAGCCAACUGGCCUUAGCAUUAUUCGAUGGAGGUGCAGUAGCAAAUCCAGCGGCUCCAGCCUGGGAAGCCUUCACAACCGACGAUGCAGCAGAUUGGGAAACAGCCCUGGUCCAAUCCGCAAGCGGUUUGUCUCAGCAGAAGACCAACUUAGGCGGCGGUUUCGACAUGUUGUUGCUGGACGGCAUGUAUCAGCAAGCAACAAUGGCGCAAGCGACAACGGGAGGAACGUUUGGAGCCAGCGGAAGCGCUAGCAGCGUGGCCUUUGGAUCGAUUGGAAGGCCUGCGAUGCUGGCGUUGCCGGCCCCUCCAACAUCCAAUGAUGGGGCAUCAACAAGAAGCGUAGACCCGUUUGCAGCAUCACUGGCAGUGGCACCACCGACGUAUGUUCAGAUGUCGGAGAUGGAGAAGAAGCAGAAGCUGUUGAUGGAGGAGCAGUUUCUGUGGCAACAGUAUGCAAGGGAUGGGAUGCCAGGACAUCUUGGAAUUCCAAAGUUUCAAGGAAGUCCGUACAACAAUGGAGGAUACACACACAGCUAUUGAAGAGGAAUUUGGGUCAAUUAUAAUUCAUUUUUGCCAUAAUGUCCAUGCUUUUGGUAGGGGAGAACUGCAUAAGUCCGUCU